UUAGAAAUACUGUACUAUACAUUGUAAUAAUAACCUCAGCGAGGACAAUCGAAACUUUUCUGCUCGGUGGCUAUACUUUUACAAUGUCUACUUCCUACAUGUUACGCUCAGCAAGUCAUCAUCUUGCCAUGAUGUCAACCUGUUCUGUGUCUGGAGUCCUGGAAGAUCACGCCCACUAUCAGCGCAGCUAUGAAAGGAAAUAUCCCUUUAUCAAGUGCUCCACUUGUACGGGGUGCAAGCCAUUCCAGAGGUCCCAAGCUCCCCUGAAAAGGAAGAGAUCAUCUGAGACCCGGCCAGAGGCAGUGGUACCCAGUUUUAGCUCAACCACCCGACCUCAUGACCUACCAAAAGAGACCGUGGAAUCCAUUCCCCUCAUAGUCAUUCCACCUGUUGGCCAAGAAACAGAGGCAGAGGCACCCAUUCCUUACUCAGCCAUCCCACAUUGUGACCUACCAGUGGCAUCCGUUUUUCCUCGCAUCCCACAGCCCCCCAUCUGCUCUCCUGAGCCACUAAUCAUCCACAACCUCUCAGUGGAAGAGCACCAGUACAUCUAUCAUGAGAUUGUGGAUGAAAAAUUAAGGUUCAUGAAAGGCAGGACAAGAACUUACAGACUUGCAGAGGGACGUCUCAUCAAAGAGAAGUUGUGGGAGCGUCUGUGUCAUCCUAUGUUCACAACAACAGAGGACGCAAAUGGCCGCGUGCAAAUCACCCCAUCUUACGGAACUACGGCGCUUCCUCCUCAGUAUGAGGUCGAUAUCUCACAAGAGCCCAAACCUCCAAAGUUGUCAAGAACACAAUAAAAAGGACAUACAGUGGGGAGAACAAGUAUUUGAUACACUGCCAAGGCAGUGUAUCAAAUACUUGUUCUCCCCACUGUAGCUAGUAUGAAUGAAAUUCACCACAUUUCUUUUAACUACAUCAGUUACGAGUGAAAACAAAAGGGUCAGGAGACAACUUCACGAUGGCAGAGAGACAUUCUUUAAUGGUAUGGACAUAAAGAUCAAACAUAUCUUUCUCUGCUUCUCUGCAGCAUGUGAUGAAUUUAACAUUUUAAAACCAUUUUUGUACAUAUGUAAAUAGUUCAAGUUUGAUAAAUGAGUUGUUUUUUUUUGACAAGACUAUUUUCUCGUUUUAUUGAUUUUAUGACCGAUGUUUUAGUUUGAUAUUCUUUUUAAAGUAACAUUUUAAAAAUAAGAACCAAUUCCAUUAAGAUGGCAUGGUGACUGCCUCUCUGACAAUGGAUGGAUGAACUGUUGCUUUCAAAAUAUUAAUAUUUUUUCUGAAUUUUACACAAUGAUGAUUUGUUU